GAAGUGGGAUCCAUUAUCGGCAAAAAAGGAGAUAACAUCAAGAAGUUUCGCGAAGAGAGCGGUGCCAAAAUAAACAUCUCUGACGGCUCGUGUCCGGAGCGUAUUGUCACAGUUACCGGUUCUACGGAGGCUAUACUCAAAGCCUUCUCACUCAUCGCCAGAAAGUUUGAAGAAGAUGUCCAGAGCACCGGUGGUCCCGGUUCGCCACUAGGAAACAAGCCACAUGUGACACUCAGGCUAAUAGUGCCGGCCAGUCAGUGCGGGUCACUCAUCGGCAAAGGGGGCGCAAAGAUUAAGGAGAUUAGAGAAAUAACUGGGGCCACAAUCCAAGUGGCGUCUGAAAUGCUGCCCAACUCUACUGAGAGGGCGGUCACAGUGUCGGGCAGUUCGGAGUCGAUAACUAAAUGCAUUUAUCAGAUUUGCUGUGUUAUGAUGGAGGCGAGUGAACCAUUUAUCUCUCAUUUCAUAUCCAUUUCCAAAUGA